AAUACACAUGCACAUCUACAUAUCAAUGCUUUUAGUGCAGGUGCCUACUUAAAUGCCAGGAAAAGUGUUCGUUGCCCUAGCAAAUGCAGUUCUGAGGAAGCACGUGAUGAUGAACUACAGUACCCACAAUCCCACAGCAAGGAUAAGAAGGAAUCCAGCAGAUGCCGCCGGCUCCGAGGUCGCAGGAUCCCCAUGGAAACGGAGUGCAGGAGAAUAAUGUCGUCCCGUUCGGACAGUGGGAGCGGGGAGGACUCGUUGGACCGGCUCCUGCCUCCCGCCGGGGCCCCUCGCAGGAAGAGCACUACCUCACUGAGUACAACCGAGCCUCCUCUGCUCCGCACAGGCACGCGCACCAUCUACACUGCCGGCCGACCUCCCUGGUAUGACGAGCACGGAGCGCAGUCAAAAGAGGCCUUUGUCAUCGGGUUGUGUGGGGGUAGCGCCUCAGGGAAGACCACCGUGGCCAAUAAGAUCAUUGAGGCUCUGGAUGUGCCGUGGGUUGUCCUGUUGUCUAUGGAUUCUUUCUACAAGGUUUUAUCCUCGGAGGAGCAGACUUUGGCAGCGAGUAACGAUUACAACUUUGAUCACCCGGGAGCUUUUGACUUCGAGCUGCUGGUUGCCACCCUGCGAAAGCUGAAGCAGGGCAAGAGCGUGAAGAUCCCGGUGUACGACUUCACCUCACACGGGCGACACAAGGACUGGAAAAAUGUGUAUGGUGCCAGUGUAAUAAUAUUUGAAGGAAUUAUGUCUUUUGCCGACAAAGAGCUUCUUCAGCUCCUGGAUAUGAAAAUCUUUGUGGACACUGAUUCAGACAUUCGGCUGGUCCGCCGGCUGCGCAGGGACAUCACAGAGCGCGGGCGGGACAUUGAAGGCGUCAUCAAGCAAUACAACAAGUUUGUGAAGCCGGCCUUUGAAAUGUACAUCGAGCCAACCAUGAGGCUGGCCGAUAUUGUCGUGCCGAGAGGUGGUGGGAACAUGGUGGCCAUUGAUCUGAUAGUCCAGCAUGUCCACAGCCAGCUGGAGGAGCGUGAGCUCAGUGUCAGGGCGCUCCUGGCCUCGGCUCAGCAGACGCAGCCGCUGCCCCAGACGCUCAGCGUGCUGGAGAGCACGCCGCAGGUCAAAGGCCUGCACACCAUCAUCAGGAAUAAAGGAACCAGUCGAGAUGAGUUCAUUUUCUACUCAAAGAGAUUAAUGCGGCUUCUCAUAGAACACACCCUGACGUUUCUACCGUCUCAGUCGUGUGUCGUCCAGACUCCACAGGGCCAUGAGUACGAAGGCCGCAGCUACAAGGGGAAAGGGAUCACCGGUGUGUCCGUCCUGCGGGCGGGAGAGACCAUGGAGCCUGCCCUGAGGGCCGUGUGCAAGGACGUCCGCAUCGGCAAGAUCCUCAUCCAGACCAACCUGGACUCGGGCGAACCAGAGUUGCAUUACCUGCGUCUGCCCAAAGACAUCAGCGAGGAUCAUGUCAUCCUAAUGGACAGCACCGUCUCCACCGGCGCUGCUGCCAUGAUGGCAGUGCGAGUCCUAUUGGAUCACGAGGUGCAGGAGGAAAAGAUUGCGUUGGUGUCUCUGUUGAUGGCGGAGCUCGGAGUGCACUCUGUGGCCUACGCCUUCCCGAAGGUCAAAAUCAUCACCUCCGCUGUGGACAAGAGUCUGGACGAUUUGUUACAUGUAACUCCUGGUAUCGGGGACUUUGGGGACCGGUACUUUGGGACGGACACGUCCGACAGCUGGAGGGAUGAGGACCACGAGCAGCCGUCUCACUGACACACACAUCUGUCAGCCACUGUGAAAGGAAAUACAAACACUACUUGAAAACUCCCGUUAUCGUGCAUCCUCUCCUUCAGGCAUAUAACCAGCAAAAAAAACAAUUAUAUAUAUAUUCACUUUUUGUUUUACAUGAACUUUUGUACUCUUAUACAACAAGUGAGUCUUGGUCAACUUGGAUGCCGGAGGGAAAGAGGGAUAUUUGUGCUCUAGUUACAACUGAGUGUUCAUCAUUUUCAUACAGAAGGUGAAACGGUGCCGUUACCUUUGAGCUACAAUAAUGCAAUAACAGUAUUAAUAUUUACUAAAUUAUUUAAUCCAGGAUUGCACCAGCUGCGCCUGAAUCCUGUUCUUAGUAACUAUGAGAUAGUUUAAAAUGAGUAAUUUACAAAAUUUGGUUGCACCAUCAAAACUUGUGAAGGGGUAA